CUGCUGCCCGAACACUAUUGAUACAUUUCUCGGUGUGUGUGAAUUUCACGCAGAAACAGAUGGAUAAACGGAAGCCUGAUUUGUCAAUGCCAGUUCCUCUUCAGCCAAAAUACGGCAAAUCACAUUGACACGACGCAAUAGACGUUUAAAAAGAUCCAGGCGGACCGUUAGUAGCGCACUCUUCAUAACGGUCCAGAAAUGGCUGCGUCUACAACGUCCAUUUCCGAGGGCACAUACGCAAGUCUGAACUCCCCAGACCUUAACGUGUACAGCACAGUGGGGGCGACCUCACACAGCAGCUCAGGAGCAAAGAGCACAGUGAAAAGCGGGAAAAGCUCACAUCUCCUCAGACUGGCUGCAGUGGGUCUGGGGCUGCUAUGUGCCAUCUUACUGACGGCCACCAUAGCCCUGUGUGUCCUCUAUGCGAGAGGCCUGGAGAGGCUCAACGCCCGGAAAUGCACUUGGAUGGAUUACAAAGAGCAAUUACAGAGAGACCUCAUUGACCUAUCUAAUGAGAAGGACCAGCUACAGGAAGACUGCACCAGGCUAUCUAAUGAGAAGGACCAGCUACAGGAAGAUUGCACCAGGCUAUCUAAUGAGAAAGACCAGCUACAGGAAGACUGCACCAGGCUAUCUGAUAAGGAAUACCAGCUACGGAGAGACUACUACAGCCUAUAUAGAAGGAAAAAUCAGCUGCAGACAGACUACAACAGCCUAUCUAAUAAGAAAGACCAGCUACAGAGAGACUACGACAGACUAUCGAGACUAUACCAGCUACAGAAAGACUGCACCAGCCUGAAGGGACAAUGCAUCACCUGUCCAGGGGACUGGAAGCAGUUUUCCUCCAAGUGUUACUUCUUCUCUACACUCAGGAAGAGCUGGGAGGACAGUCUCCAAGACUGCAAACUUCAGGGAGCUGACCUGGUGAUUAUAAAGAGUCAAGAAGAACAGGAGUUUAUCAACCAACAUGCAAAAGGAGGCCAUCACUGGAUUGGUCUAAAAGACUCUGAAGACAGAACCUUUGAAUGGGUGGACGGAACCUUGCUGCAGCAAGCAUUCUGGAAGGCUGGAUCUCCAGAUGAGAACAGGAGAGCGCACUGUGUGCUCACCGGCCCUGGCGAGGAGCUAUGGGUCGACACGCCGUGCGAUUUUACCUGGAUGUGGAUCUGCGAGGCCGACGCCUCCUGCGUCUGAAACAAGAAACCGCGUCAAAAUGACGACUC